CCGCCGGUCGUUCUUGCUCAACCAUCGGGUUUCCACAGGCAGUCUCCUAGGUUUUCUCGAUCCGCGACCUGGCAUCACGUGGCUUGUUUGGAUGCAAGAUUGAUAGCUGUCAAUCCUAACGGUAUCUCGCACGCGCGCGCAUCAUGCAUGGACUCAUCUCGUUUCGACCCUGAUCUUGGAUUCUCCCGCGUAAAUGAGAUCAGUUCUAUUGCAUGCGGUACCCUCGCGAUAUGGUGACUUGAUUCCGCGAUGCGAAGGUUCGACGGUGAACGGUGUUUUAUUCGAGUCAAAGGAUAUUUUCGAUAGUUUUAGAUACAGUGUGGGCGGCUGACUAAAAAUGAGGAUUAAAAAAGAAGAGGAUCCUGAGACUUUGACUUGGAGUUGCUGGUUUCGGACCCUGUUUGCUGGCAGUGCUGCAUUGGUUCUGUAUGUUUUCAUUGGGAUAAAUGAGGGCCUGUCAGCCGUGAUGUUGGCUCAAUUCAAAAAGAGGGACAGUUUCAUACGCGUCUCAGAGGAUCAGGAAACAUGGGUAGCCAGUUUGGGAAUUGUGACGGCUCCAAUCGGCGCUAUUCUGAUCGGACCGUUUGUAGAUGCAUUUGGGCGAAAAGUUGGAAUCCUUAUUUUCUACCUCACCAUUGGAUCCGGUUUUGGAGUGAUCGCACUGUCCAUGGAUGUCACGCAGAUUUACAUCGGCCGCAUCAUCUGUGCAUUUUGCGAAGGUUUCAAAGCAUGCGCAGUUGUCUACAUCGCGGAGAUCUGCACGCCGACUCAGCGGAGUCUCUUCCUCUCGGCGAUCUCCACCAUGUUCUCCGGAGGCGUCCUCAUCUGCACGGUCAUGAGUGCCUUUGUCUCUUGGAACUCGGCCUGUCUGGCCUACAGCCUGGCCGCCUUUGCCUUUGCGGGCGUCCAGUGGUUCGUCCCCGAGUCUCCCGGGUGGCUCUACCGGCAUGGGAGAGAGGACGAGGCGCUCCGGAGUCUGGAGCGGCUCGGCAGGAGCAAGGCGGAUGUUCUUCGGGAGAUGGACGACCUGAAGGAACGCAAGAGCAACCAAGAGAAAUUGGAACUCAAGUCGUUUUUCGAGCCGAUCGUGUGGAAGCCGUUUGUGAUUUUGUCUACGUUUCAUGUCCUGCAAUUUUCAACGGGCAUCUACGAUAUUAUCUACUACCAGGUGGACUUCAUCCAAAGCCUAGGCACGACCUACGACCCGAUGACCGUCUCCGUGGCUAUGUCGACCAUCCGCUUCCUGUCGAACGCCACAAUCGGCGUCUACGCCAAAUCCGUUUCGCGGAAGGGGUCAACCGCCCUCUGCGGUUUGGGCAUGGCCCUCACCCUCCUCGCCACAGGCGCCUACGAACUCGCCUACCGCGACACGGAGAUCCCCGCGAGGCCCUACCAAUGGCUACCCAUCAGCCUCAUCCUCUCCUGCAUCGUCGCCUCCAACCUGUCCGUGACCUGUCUCCCCUGGGCCAUGAGCGGGGAGAUGUACCCCCUCAGGGUCCGCGGGAUCAUGAGCGGCGCCACGCUGGUCGUUGCGUAUUUCGCCUUUUUCUUUUAUAUUAAGAUGUAUUAUGUGUUCCUGGAGGCGUUGAAGAUCUACGGGGUUCUGUUCGUGUUCGCUGCCUGCUCCGUGGUGGUUCUGUUGUUUGGGAUUUUUGUGCUGCCCGAAACCCAGGGCAAGAGUUUGCUCGAGGUUGAGUUGGGUUUUGAGAAAAAGGCGAAGAGGAGUGAGAAUGUGGAGAAUCAGAACGGGAAAGUGGAAAAGGGUGAAAAGUCAGACUUCGUUACUCGUUUUUAGUGCAAAUCGACAGAAAUAUCCGAUUUUAAGUAUCUGAGUCUUUUGACUCAUGCCUUUUUUUAUGUGAUGAGAAUACCAAACUUUUAUCCUAUUACCAGAGAAAGUCAGAUUGAUAUUGAUGUAAAUCGACGGUGAAACAACAAAACAACGUAUCUCGUUUGUCGCGUUUCAAAAUCUCCGCCCUCGUGUUACUUUCUUAAGGGGAACCAAUUGACGUCAUUCCUUGAGGUUUUCAAGAAUUUUUUUCGCCUGGCAAAAAAAAACAUCACUACUCGAGUUAUUUACAAAAAUUGACGUUAAGGUUAAUCUUCAGCUGUAGUUCUGAAAAAAUCC